AAAAGAAAAGGAAAAAAAUCACGCAUCCCCAUUUCCCAAAAGCUAGGUCGCUACUGCCUGCCGCGGCGCAAACGAGCGUGCUCGCGCUGCCGUGUCCAUGGACCCGAGGAGCGGCUUCUGCCCGGCCACGAGGACGUUCUGCAGCCUGCGCCCGCCGAACCCACUCCCGCCGGAGCACGUACCAUUCUCCUUCCCGUCCUUCGCCUUGUCCCGCUUCCCCUCGCCGCUCCCCGCGCACCCAGCCUUCGUUGACUCGUCCACCGGCGCCACGCUAUCGUUCCCGGUGCUCCUCUCCCGCGUCCGCUCCCUCGCUGCGGCCCUGCGCAGCACUGUUGUUGUCGCUAAGGGCGAUGUCGUGCUCGUCCUCGCGCCGACUCGCCUGGACAUCCCCGUGAUCUACCUCGCGGUGAUGUCCAUCGGAGCCAUCGUCUCCCCGGUCAACCCGUUGUCCACCGCCGCCGACGUCGCCCGCGCCGUCGGCCUAUGCAACCCAUCCAUCGUCUUCGCCACCGCCGCCACCGUCGCUAAGGUCCCCACAGUAGGGAAGUUGACCAUCAUUCUGCUCGAGUCGCCGCAGUUCCAGUCCUUUCUUCACGGCCAAGAUCCGUCGCAGGACGGGCCACCUGUGGAGGUGCGGCAGUCCGACGUGGCGGCAAUCGGCUACUCGUCCGGAACGACCGGGCGAACGAAGGCGGUGGCGCAAUCGCACAGGCGUAUCAUCGCGUCGGCGCUCCAGAUCGGCGCGGCGCGGCCGCGAACGCCCAGCGGCACCGUGGUCACGCUCCUUGGAGUGCCUAUGUUCAACUCGUACGGCCUCAACAUGCUGAUGCGCGGGGUCCUGAUGGCCGAGACGACGGUCGUGAUUACCGCGCCCCGCGGUGGCGUGGCGGGUGUGAUGGCGGCGGCCGCGAGGUGCAGAGCCACGCAGAUGUUCGUGGCGCCGCCGGUGGUGGUUGCCAUGGCGCGGGGAGGCGUUGGCCCGGAGGGGUUCCCGGAUCUCGUCCGGGUCGACUGUGGCGGUGCGCCGCUGAGCACUGCAGCGGCGUCAGCGUUCCACGAAAGGUUUCCUGACAUAGAUCUGUCCUUGGCAUUGGGCUCAACUGAGGGUGGCUUGAUAUCAAAGAUGGUUAGCCGUCAAGAAUGUCGUCGUGUAAAAUCAACAGGUCGACUGUGUAGCGGUGUUCAAGCCAAGGUUGUUGACAUUAGUAACGGUGGACUCUUAUCGACAAAUGAGCAAGGAGAGUUAUUUAUUCGAAGUCCAAGUGUCAUGCUAGGGUAUGUUGGUGGUAAUGAGCCAAACAUUCCUGCAUUUGAUUCUGAUGGCUGGCUUAAAACCGGUGACCUUUGCUAUUUUGAUGAAGAUGGAUUCCUUUAUAUAAUUGACAGGCUAAAGGAACUAAUCAAGUACAAAGCAUAUCAGGUUGCACCAGCAGAGUUAGAAGAUGUUCUACAUACGAUCCCAGGGGUAUUUGAUGCAGCAGUUGUCCCGUACCCAGAUGAAGAAGCAGGACAGAUACCUAUGGCAUUUGUUGUAAGACAAAAGGGGAGCAGUCUGACAGAAGACCAAGUAAUGGAAUUCGUGGCCAAACAGGUUGCCCCUUACAAGAAGAUACGCAAAGUUGUCUGUGUUGAUUCGAUACCGCGGUUGCCAUCUAGCAAGUUACUGAGGCGCAAACUGCUGAAGCUCGUGACGCUUCCUAAAAGUAGUAGCAGCCGGUUAUAAAACAUCGGCCACGGGAGAUUGCAGCAAUAUUACCAUGGCCCAAUGGAACACGUACAGCCCUGUUGCCCCUUCCAUUUUUACACGUUUUGGCGAUUUUGGGAGUCCAGUGGAACACCACUGAAAACUUCAGAUUAUGAUUUAUGCCCAGUUACCGUUCUGUAUUUGCUCGUAA